GGAGUCGAGCCGUCGCCGCCGCCGCCAGCGGACGGGGCGGGGAUCGCGGUGCCAGGUCUUCGUCAGCCCGCCCCCGCCGCCUCAGUCAGCCGUCCCAGGCUGGGCCCCGCCGUCAUGGAGCGGGGCGGGCCCUCCCUCUUUGCCGUGUGAGGUGUGCCGUCGCCACCGCCUUAGCUUUCCGAGGCCUCCGGAACCUCCGCCGCCCGAAGCCCCUCGCCCUUGGCAGGCUGUCGCCGCCCCCUGGGCGGGCCUGAAUGCGCGUCCGGUGAAGGUGCAGGCCCGGCGUCGCCGCUGCCGCAGCCGCAGCCGGGAGAUGGUUCGGGCCUAGCGGAGCCGGGACUGGAGCAACAUGAACCGUGAAGACCGGAAUGUGCUGCGUAUGAAAGAACGGGAAAGGCGGAAUCAGGAAAUUCAGCAGGGUGAAGACGCCUUCCCACCUAGCUCUCCUCUCUUUGCUGAACCAUACAAAGUCACUAGCAAAGAAGAUAAGUUAUCAAGUCGUAUUCAGAGUAUGCUUGGAAACUACGAUGAAAUGAAGGAUUUCAUAGGAGACAGAUCAAUACCGAAGCUUGUUGCAAUUCCCAAGCCUACUGUACCACCGACAGCAGAUGAAAAAUCAAACCCAAAUUUCUUUGAACAGAGACAUGGAGGCUCUCAUCAGAGUAGCAAGUGGACUCCAGUAGGACCUGCACCCAGCACUUCUCAGUCUCAAAAACGGUCCUCAGGCUUACAGAGUGGACAUAGUAGCCAGAGGACCAGUGCAGGCAGUAGCAGUGCCACUAAUAGUACCGGCCAGAGGCAUGACCGUGACUCAUAUAGCAGUAGCCGGAAAAAAAGCCAGCAUGGAUCAGAACACUCCAAAUCACGAUCUUCUAGCCCUGGAAAACCCCAGGCUGUUUCUUCAUUAAGCUCUAGUCAUUCCAGGUCUCAUGGAAAUGAUCAUCAUAGCAAGGAACAUCAGCGUUCCAAAUCACCUAGGGAUCCCGAUGCCAAUUGGGAUUCUCCUUCCCGAGUACCUUUUUCAAGUGGGCAGCACUCAAAUCAGUCUUUCCCACCUUCGUUGAUGUCAAAGUCCAGUUCAAUGUUACAGAAACCCACUGCGUAUGUGCGGCCCAUGGAUGGACAGGAGUCCAUGGAACCAAAGCUAUCCUCUGAGCACUACAGCAGCCAAUCCCAUGGCAACAGCAUGACUGAGCUGAAGCCCAGCAGCAAAGCACAUCUUACCAAGCUGAAAAUACCUUCCCAACCACUGGAUGCAUCAGCUUCUGGUGAUGUGAGCUGUGUGGAUGAAAUUCUUAAAGAGAUGACGCAUUCAUGGCCUCCCCCUCUAACGGCUAUUCAUACACCAUGCAAAACAGAACCUUCCAAAUUUCCUUUUCCAACUAAGGAGGCUCAGCAAUCCAAUUUUGGCCCUGGAGAACAAAAAAGAUACAAUCCUUCUGCUAAAACUUCAAAUGGGCACCAGUCUAAAUCUAUGUUAAAAGAUGACUUAAAACUAAGCAGCAGUGAAGACAGUGAUGGGGAACAGGACUGUGAUAAAACAAUGCCAAGGAGUACACCAGGAAGUAAUUCUGAACCUUCACAUCAUAAUAGUGAAGGAGCAGAUAACUCCAGGGAUGAUUCUAGCAGCCACAGUGGAUCUGAAAGCAGCUCUGGAUCCGAUUCAGAGAGUGAAAGUAGUUCCAGUGACAGUGAGGCAAAUGAACCAUCCCAGAGUGCAUCUCCUGAGCCUGAACCACCACCAACAAACAAAUGGCAACUUGAUAAUUGGUUGAAUAAAGUGAACCCACAUAAAGUUUCACCAGCGUCUUCUGUAGACAGUAACAUCCCAUCCUCUCAAGGCUACAAAAAAGAAGGCCGAGAACAGGGCCCUGGGAAUAGCUACGCAGAUCCAGGAGGGCCUAAGGAAACAAGUUCUGCUACUCCUGGACGAGACUCCAAAACUGUCCAAAAGGGAUCAGAAAGUGGGCGUGGUAGACAGAAGUCUCCAGCACAGAGUGACAGCACAACACAGAGGAGAACUGUAGGCAAAAAACAACCCAAAAAAGCUGAGAAGGCAGCUGCUGAAGAGCCUCGUGGAGGCCUGAAGAUAGAAAGUGAAACCCCUGUAGACAUGGCUACCAGCAUGCCCUCCAGCAGACACAAAGCAGCCACCAAAGGCUCAAGGAAACCCAAUAUAAAGAAGGAGUCUAAAUCUUCCCCACGACCUACUGCAGAGAAAAAGAAAUACAAGUCAACGAGUAAAUCUUCCCAGAAAUCGAGGGAAAUCAUAGAAACAGAUACCUCAUCCUCAGAUUCAGAUGAAAGUGAGAGCCUUCCUCCUUCUUCUCAAACUCCUAAGUAUCCUGAUAGUAAUAGGACUCCCGUUAAACCCUCCUCUGUGGAGGAAGAAGAUAGUUUUUUUCGGCAACGAAUGUUCUCUCCUAUGGAAGAGAAGGAACUCCUUUCACCCCUCAGUGAGCCUGAUGACAGGUAUCCACUUAUUGUGAAGAUUGACCUGAAUCUCUUGACUCGAAUACCAGGAAAGCCUUAUAAAGAAACUGAACCACCCAAGGGGGAAAAGAAAAAUAUGUCAGAAAAACACACCCGAGAGGCUCAGAAGCAAGCCUCAGAAAAAGUUUCCAACAAAGGCAAGAGGAAACAUAAGAAUGAAGAUGAUAACCGAGCCAGUGAGAGCAAAAAACCCAAAACAGAGGAAAAGAACUCAUCUGGCCACAAGCCAUCCAGCAACAGAGAGUCAUCAAAGCAGAGUGCUGCAAAAGAAAAGGAGUUGUUACCUUCACCUGCUGGGCCUGUUCCUUCAAAAGACCCAAAAACAGAGCAUGGCUCUCGGAAGAGGACUAUUAGUCAGUCAUCUUCCUUAAAGUCAAGCAGUAAUAAUAACAAGGAGAAUAGUGGCAGCAGCAAAAACAGUUCCUCUGCAGCAAAACAGAAGAAGACAGAAGGGAAGACUUCCAGUAGCUCCAAGGAGGUUAAGGAAAAGGCUCCAAAUAGCUCCUCUAACUGUCCUCCAUCUACACCGACUCCUGAUGCUUCUAAGCCUCGGAGAACAAAGCUUGCCUUUGAUGACAGAAAUUAUUCAGCAGACCAUUAUCUACAAGAAGCAAAAAAGCUAAAGCACAAUGCAGAUGCAUUGUCCGAUAGGUUUGAAAAAGCAGUAUACUAUCUUGAUGCUGUGGUAUCUUUCAUUGAAUGUGGGAAUGCAUUAGAGAAGAAUGCUCAGGAAUCCAAAUCCCCAUUCCCUAUGUAUUCAGACACAGUGGAGCUUAUCAAAUACACUAUGAAGCUAAAGAAUUACUUGGCACCAGAUGCCACAGCUGCAGAUAAAAGACUCACAGUACUUUGCCUGAGAUGCCAAUCUUUGCUGUACCUGAGGCUCUUCAAACUGAAGAAGGAAAAUGCUCUGAAGUACUCAAAGACACUGACAGAGCACCUGAAGAAUUCUUAUAAUAAUUCUCAAGCACCAUCACCUGGUUUGGGGAGCAAAGCCGUUGGGAUGCCUUCCCCUGUUUCUCCAAAGCUGUCACCAGGCAAUUCGGGAAAUUAUUCUUCUGGGGGCAGUAGUGCUUCAGCAAGUGGCUCUUCAGUGACCAUUCCACAGAAGAUCCACCAGAUGGCAGCCAGCUAUGUUCAGGUUACAUCUAACUUCCUUUAUGCCACUGAAAUUUGGGACCAAGCUGAACAGCUUUCCAAAGAACAAAAAGAAUUCUUUGCUGAACUGGAUAAAGUAAUGGGCCCACUCAUCUUUAAUGCAAGCAUCAUGACAGAUCUAGCUCGUUAUACCCGGCAGGGACUGCACUGGCUUCGCCAAGAUGCCAAGUUGAUAUCUUGAACUGAACACAUUCUUGUUGCCUCUGAUUUUCUCCACAACACUGUGUUACAUCACGAAGGAAAACUGCCAUUACACCACCUAGUCAACACUAAGAAUGAGGAAUGGUUUUCUCCUCCUUGGUUCAUGUGUUGUUUAUAACCCAAAGCCAUCAUAUCAAUUGACCCCUUUAAUAUUCCCAAUGUGAAAAAUUAUUUAAAUACUUUUAAAUCUGCAGCAUAUUGAUAAGAUGGUUUUAGUGAUCUAUAAUAAGAUUGAAAUUCCAGUUGCAAUUCGUAACUAAUCAAGUGAGAUUCUAUUUAUUUUAAUUUUUUUAAGUUCCCAGACUGGGGCUUGUUUAAAACUUAGUUAUUUCUGCCUAUAAAUUUACUCUGUUGAAUAUUUAGCAUAAAUUUAAUGUAGGUGUUUUUAUUUAUAUAUUUUGGGAGCCUUGUUACCUAUUGUCUUUUUGUGGUAGCUCUUCUAUGAGUAAGAGUUGGUUCAUCUAAAAUAGAAACAUGUUCUUUCUCUACCUACUACCUGAUAUUAUUUUAAAUCUUAACUGCAAUUUUAUUAUUGUAAAAUUUAUGCUUAGUAUUAAGCAUAUCUUUCUAACACAUGAAAAGUCACUUAAAGAUGAGAAGAUGGCAUUUUAUGUGGAUAUAAAAUGAAAUGUGUCUGAUUUGGUAUGCAUUAUUUCAAAAACUGUGAAUAUGUUAACACUACAGCAAUCACAAGGUGACCAUAACUUGCAUUUAAUGCAUUACAAAAGAGUAGGCAAACUUUCUAGGAGAAGCACAUAUUGAAGGGUUUCAUAAAAAGACAAUCUUAAACUUUAAGAAUUUUAUUAAAACCAUGUAUUCUCUUUUGUUGCUUAUUCUUUGACACAAUUGAAGCAGAUUAAGUUAAUCUUGAAAAAGGUAUGAUCCAACUCCUGAGGGUUUCUGCCUAUGUCUCUUUAAUUGAUAAUAUUCGAAGGUUAAAAUCUCUUUGCAGAUUUUUCCCCUAUACUAGAUUGUAAUGCUCUGAAGUGAGCAUUGGUAACUGAUGUGGGAAUGGCCUGCAGCUGUGGUGUGUGUGGUUUUGCUAUACAAGUUACAGUUCUAAUGCCUGAUGUAGAGAUAAUGAAUUUCUCCUUCUUAAAGGCCCUCAUCAGUGAUGUAUUUUUCUGAUAGGAUCAGAAAAUUCAUACUAGAAAAGUGCCACCUAACUUGGUUUAAUGUGAGCUCUCUUGGAAAAGGGAGGAGAGCUGGGAUAGAGCUUAAGAUGCCAGCUCUGUAAGAAUUGUAUAUCAAUGUUCCUUUCCCUACAAGGUGCAUAUAGGAGUCGAGGAUGAGAGAUAUACCCUCUAUACUUUGUUUUUACUGCCCCUAUCAUGUCUGGUGUGCCUUAAUAUUACUUUUAAAUGAAGACUCUGUGGAUUGUUUACAGAUGAAGUUUUACACUAGGACCAGAUUGUCAAUACAUGGUUGGUCCUCUGUAGUAAUAAUGUUGAAUUCUUUCAUUUAAAAUAAAACUUCCUUUACAGACAUAAAAAGAUUAAUUCAGAAAAGCUAAUAUGUUGGUACAUGACUUAGUCUAACCAAUUGGGUAAUGCUGCUUCAAGAAAUGCUUUGUACUCCUUAUUCCAAAAACAAAUACAUCCAACUGGGGGUGGGGAGGGGGGAAAGCUUGCCCUACUCUUUGUAGAUAUUGCUAAGGUUUGAAAGGGGAAAGAAGGGAUAGAGAAUCUCCCAGUUUAGUGGUGCAGUGAAUCCUCUGCUUGGGUCUCUCUUAACGUUUAUUUCUGAAGCUAGUGAACUUUCAUUGUCCUGUGGCCUCAUAUUUAUAGAGCUUCUUAACUGUUUUGUACCUCAAGUUAUUUUUACAUAUCUUUGAAGAUUGAGAUUAUGAAUUAUGUUGAAUUUAACCUUUUCCCUUGGAGAAUUUGCCUCUGAUAUCUUUCUAAUUUAAUCUUAGUGUAUUCUAGGAAUAGUUUUCCUUACGGACAACUUCUCAGCCGUUGUGAUAGUAAUUUAGUAAGAAAUAACAGAUGUUAAUCAAGUAUGUGUGUGUUCUGUCCUCCUCUUAUUUCUCUGACUCUGAUUCCUUAAUUUGCAGUGGUGUCUUAGAAGUGGAACAAGUAUCCUCUGGGCUUUUUGACUUCAGCAACAACAGCCAGUGAGGCAUCUCUUAAGUUCCAGUGCAUUCUAGUCUCUUGUGUGUCCUGAAAGGUAGCAGGAGCAUUUCUGGGGUCACACUGAUAUUUUCUUAAAGCAGAGUUUCCUAUGUGUUAUGGUGCUGCUGUAAGAUGUUUUUUUUUUAAACUGUUAAUUCUUGGAGAAUGACUUGUUCAACUUUUUCAUGUGGAGGGUUUUUUUUUUCCUUUUCUUUUUUCUACCAGUUGGUAGUGGGCAAUGGAUCAAAAUCCUAUCCUAAAUAAUUGAUUUUUUAAUGUCAUAGUCUGAGGAAAUACCACUCCCUUUCCUCAGUCAUUUCAAAUGUUCUGUGUCAUCUGCUCUAGCACAUACUUUGGACUCCAUUACAGGUGACCAUUUCCUCCCUCCUCAAUAGGUGAGGCAUCCUCAGUGUUUUCUAAUCAUUUUAAACUGAAUUUGACAAGCAGCUAAAAACAAACUUAGUCUGAGACUUUUGCUUAAUAUAUAGUUAUAUAAGUAGCAACUAUUUUGAAAAUUACUGUUGACUGCUCUUUAAGACCACACCUGUAUGCCAGGAGGCUACAGUUUACACCAUUGGACUCUUUAUAGGCAACCAACAGACUGGUUGCAGUGGAUGAAAUUGUCACAGUAGCCUUGCCUGGGCUAGGCUGUGCGGUAUCCCUUUCAGGUGAUUCAAUCUUGCCCAACCCAGGGACCAGUCUGGCUGGAGAACAUCUAGCCCUUUCCUUGCUUCAGUGCCACCUUUUUUUAGGCAAGGAGCCAAGAAGUUACUUUAUAAAGCAGUGAAUACUUCAGAUAAAUUUACAGCUAUAGCUCCUGAAGAGCAGAGAAGAUUGACCACCACUGAUUUUAAUUCUCCAAUAUAUAAGGAAUUUAGAGUAAUGUGUGCACGUGCCCAUGCAUGCCUGUGUUUCUGGGGAGCUCUUGCACUAGGCAUCUGGGCUGCACUUUGAAUGACACACUUGUGGCUUUAGUAGAUUUCACUGUUUUUUAAUUGUUGUUCAUUUCUUUUCAUUAAAGGUUUUAAUCAGCUAGACAGAUCAUUUUGUAUUUAAUGGCAGAAACUUUGGUACAUUAACUUUUAAUGAAUGAGCUUGCAUUGUGAAGCAAGAGCCUACAGAAGGCAACUGUUGUCAGUGAGAUUUCUGGCUCCAGAGGCCAGUACUUGGUGGCAUUUUCUGAGCAGCCAGCAGUUGCUCCCAUCAGUGAUGUCUAGCUGUGUAGAGGAGGGUACGCUGUGCACUCUCCAGGUAUGAGGGUAUGUAACUUUGGCUCUUAAAAUUAUGUACACAUACACACUUUAUAUAUAUGUAUGUAUGUAUGAAAACAUGAAAUUAGUUUGUCAAAAAUGUGUGUGUUUAGUAUUUUAGCUUAGUGCAACUAUUUCCACAUUAUUUAUUAAAUUGAUCUAAGACACUUUGUUGUUGACACCUUGGAUAUUAAUGUUCAAGGGUGCAAUGUGUAUUCCUUUAGAUUGUUAAAACUUAAUUGCUAUGAUUUGUAGUAAAUUAACUUUUAAAAUAUAUUUCAGCCCUUCUGUAGUGUAAUAGGGCUCUUACAGGGUGGGAAGAAUUUUGAUUUUCCAGUAGCUAAUUAAACAAAAUGGCUUCAUUAUGUAUCUUGAUCUAUAGGAGUUUCAGUAUGGUCCCAGGAACAUCUACUGGGGAUGAAUGUUUUAGGCAGAUUGUGAUGAUGCUUUAAAAAACAAACUAACUAAACUAAGUAACUUGGGGAGCCAGGACAUUUCAAAUCCAUACAGACUCCUAUAACUUAUAUAUAUUCCUUAGUUACGUGGAAAACAGAUUUCAUUUCAACUUCACGUAUCAAUGUGUUGGAGAGGCAGACUCCCCCCGCCCACCCCAAUUAUGUUGCACAACUGAGGUUGCUAUUCAGUAAAAUGAGUAGAAUAGUCAGUCAUUCAAUGGCUUGAAUAUGCAGUGACAAGAGGCCAAAUAAAUUGUUUGUGAAUAAUAAAGAAGUUUGGUUUAGCCUGUUAGACCCUGAAAACCAAGCUGCAAAUCACAGGCAGUAAGUUGUUAUAAGUUCAUAAAGGAAUGAUGGUCUACCUAGCUCCUAUUCACAUAAAUCCAUUCACAUAAACCAGAUGGUUAAUUAAAAAGUACUUGCUAAGCUGGGCAUGGUGGCACACUCCUGUAAUCCCAGGGAAUCCAGAGACAUGAGGAACAUGAAUUCAAGGCCAGCCUCAGCAAAAGCAAGGCACUAAGCAACUCAUUGAGACUCUGUCUCUAAAUAAAAUACAAAAUAGGGCUGGGGAUGUGGCUCAGUGGUUGAGUGCCCCUGAGUUCAAUCCCUGGUACUGUGCCACCCACAACCCCUACCCCGUCCCCUAGAAAAGGUACUUGGUGUCUCCCGAAACGGGAAUGGGAAUAGCUAAGUCUCCUCUUCUAAUGGAAUUUGGUCACAGAGUAAAGUAUUCAGGCUAGGUCUCAACCAAGUCAUGUAGAUGUUUAAGCAUCCUAAAAUAGCAGCCUGAGUAGUCAUAUAAAGAAGUUGAUUUUCAGAAAUAUCAGCAUGGGCCUCUCCUUGCCACUGUUGCUCAGCUAAGCAUAAAUGACAUUCUUUAAAACAAAACCAAGAAAAGCUCUCCAAAUGAGCAGGGAAACACUCCCACCCAGAAACUCGAGUAAUAUUUGUUUUUUACUUUUUCAUGCUUCCAUGUGGUUUCUACUUGCUAUGUUCCUCUUUGGAAAAUACCAAUUCGGAGAUGCUGCCUUUCAAAUCAAUGCCUUGAGUAUCCAUAUUGUUGAGUUCGUUGUUGCUGUUCAAGAAGUGUCCCCAUUUUACAACUUUAUGCACACAUCUGGCAAAUCAUCGACAUGAGCAUUCAACAGUACUGGGGUGGGAUUGGGGGGUGGGGGCAGGGGCUCACCAACAGAGCUGGCCCUGUUGGCAGUGCCUGGGAAGGCACCACCUGUGAGGGCCAGAUAUGGGGUUGGUAAGCACAGUUAGGGAAAUUUCUACCUAGCCUCCGUUUUGAAUGAUUUUAAGAAAUUUUGUAUAUGGAGGAUGGAAAUGCUUAUAUAUUUAUUGAAAUCCUUUUAUCUUAUUUGAAAUUAAAAUUAUUUGGUAAAUAACAGUUUGAUAUUUGGGGAGGGUUUUGAAGGGGAGGUAAUGCUGUUGAUAAAUUAUAAGCCUGUUAAUUCUGCAGAAAGGUACUGUUAGUGACUAAUAGGAUGCCUUUGUUUUGUACAUGAUCCAAAUCUUUGUUUUACAUUUCUUUUAUCCAAAAUAUUUAGGCAUCUGACAUUUUCAACCAAAAUUUCAAUUAUAUACUGUGAUUUUUAUUUGUUGCAAUACAUUAAAAUUUCAGAGGUACUUUGGGGCUCAAAAGCUUGGAUUUUUAAGACAGUAUGUGCAUUUCACAUAAUAAAGCUGUUAAUGGUGAGCAAAGUAUUAUAUACUAACUAGAUUUUUCCACAUCUGUAUAGUAUAUUAUAUGUAUUUUGUGGUAUUGAGAUUAUAGAAAGUUUAGAGUGUCAAACAUGCGUUUAAUGUGUAUUUUUAAACAAAUUUAUGGCAAUUAAAAUAUUUGGAGACAAGGGUAUCACAUUUCAAUUUGUAAAAAUCUUUUUAACUCUGUGUCAUUAAGAUGCUUUGUAUAAUGCCAAACCAUAGCUGGAGAAACUAAGUUUAAUAAAUAUCAAAUAGAUUUUCUGUAUUAAAGUUUAUAAACACUGUGCACUUUAGACUUCUUCAGCUCUUACUUUGCCCUUUUCAUGCAAUUGCUGUUUUGUAUUUUAGGGUCCAGCACUACUAAAGUCUGGCCCCACCACCACAGGUCACAUUUUCUGAUUACAGAAAUUCUGAACUUU